AUGUCUGUAGAACCUGUUUAUAAUCCGAAGGGUGUGGUACAGUUGCAACACACAAAGAAAGAGCUUGCGGUCUCAAAAAGAAAAUUGGAUCGCCUCAGAGAUGCCUUGGUCUUGGGUGUAAUAAUAGUGGAGCAUAUAGCUCUCUUAGCUGCUCCGUUCUACUUUACUUGGAAUGCAUUUUGGGGUAGUUGCGUAUUGUUAUAUUUGACUAAUUAUAUAGGGAUAAGUCUUUCUUAUCACAGAAACCUUACUCACAAGAGUUUUAAGCUCACAAAAUCUCUUGAAUAUUUGUUUGCUUAUUUUGGACUUCAUGGUGCACAGGGAGACCCGAUAUUUUGGGUAAGCAUCCAUCGACAUCACCAUCAGUUUACAGAUUCUGAUAGAGACCCGCACAGUCCAAUCGAAGGAUUUUGGUUCAGCCAUAUGACUUGGAUUCUUCAACACACACAUCUCAGAGAAAAGGGUGGGGGGAAACGAAACAAUGUCAUGGAUUUACAAAGCCAAGCAUACUACAGGUUCCUCCGAAGUACAUACCCGUUUCAUAUAGUUGGACUUGCACUUGUGUUGUACAUCGGAGGAGGCUUACCGCACCUUAUUUGGGGAAUGGGUGUUAGAAUAGCACUCGGAAACCAUGGCUCAUUCAUGGUGAAUUCAGUGUGCCAUACGUGGGGGGCAAAGCCAUGGAAUACUAAAGAUUUAUCCAAGAACAAUUGGGUGGUAAGCUUAUUCGGAAGCGGAGAAGGUUGGCACAACAACCAUCACGCCUUUGAGUUCUCGGCUCGGUUAGGGCUGGAAUGGUGGCAACUUGACGUUCCUUGGUACGUUAUAGAGCUACUGGAGUAUCUUGGAUUAGCAACAGACGUCAAAGUCCCUACUGAGAAUCAGAAGCUUAAAAUGUCUUACAAAACUCAUAAUGAAUAA